GUUACUUUGCUUUAUAAAAAUUUAUUAAAUCGGCGUUUGGGGCAUUGCGGCACAACCACGUUAGAAAAAAUUUUGCGGCACCUAGUUGCUUUCCGAGACCUUUCCCGUGGUCCCGCGGUCCGCUGCGGUUCGCUGCUUUCCUAGAAAAAUAACGUAAAUUCUCCCCUGCAAAUAUUAGCGACCGUCGUCCGAAGCCUUCAGCACUGCUUCCGACUACAAUUUUUCGCCAUGGCAGACGUUGCAGAGGAGAUGCAGUCAUUGCAGGAGAAAGCAUCGGUGUGGAGCGGCGUCGCGGCGAGCGACGCCUUUGCGAUCGACGAAACCAAUGUCUUCAAUGCUGUUGACGGCGACAUUAAGCCUUUUCUUAACCUGUCCACUAAUUUCUACAACAGGGUUUAUGAUGACGAGUGGUUCCGAUCGAUCUUCGCAUGGUCGAGGAAGGAGGAUGCGAUUCAGAAUUAGUAUGACUUCUUUGUGCAGAGAAUGGGAGGCCCUCCUCUUUACUCCCAAAGAA